AUGGUUAAUGAGUUGCAUAUAAAAUGUAAAGAUGGUAACUUGGGUCUUAAGCUUGAUAUUUCUCAAGCUUUUGAUACAGUGAGCUGGUCUUUCGUUUUGGAGGUGUUUAGAAGGUAUGGUUUUUCAGAAGAUUGGUGUUCUUGGAUCCAUAAUAUUCUGAAAUUUGCUCGUAUUUCAAUUUUGCUAAGUGGUAGCCCUGAAGGUUUUUUCAAGAUCACUAGGGGUUUGCGUCAAGGAGAUCCUCUAUCGCUUCUUAUAUUUAUAUUGAUAGAAGAUGUUCUUAGUAGAAACAUCAUUAAACUCUUUCAAAACAAAGACAUGACUCAUAUUGGUAAUAUGAAGAGUGUGAGAAAUUUGGUGAAACUUCUUGAAGUUUAUCAAUGUGCUUCUGGUCAGCGAGUUUGUGGAGAGAAGAGCAAGAUUUACUAUGGUGGGGGGUCUUUAAGUAGGCGCCAAGCCAUUGAUGAUUUCUUGGGCAUGAGCAUUACUAAUUUUCCGGAUCGUUAUUUGGGGGUUAAGGUAUUGCCAGGGGUGGUGAAGUAUAGGCACAUCAGCAACGUUGUGGACAAGCUUAAGGAGCAACUUUCAGUUAUGAAAGGAAAAAUGCUAUCUUUUCAAAAUAGGGUGGUGCUCAUUAAAUCAGUUUUUUCUAGCUACUCUAUUCACAACAUGGCUGUGUAUAAGUGGCCAGUGAAAUUUAUUCAACAAUGUGAUCGUGCUAUUCGCAAUUUUCUUUGGUCGGGAGAUUCGAAUCUUUCAAGAUAUUUUGUGGUAGGGUAUGACAAAAUUUGUAUUCCGGUGAAAGAAGGUGGCCUUGGGCUUUGUAGUCUGAAAACUAUGAACCAGGCUUUGCUUAUGAAGCUUUGGUGGAACAUAAAAUCUUCAGGUAAAAAUUGGGCUCGUUUCUUAGAGUCUAAAUUUACUUGCAGGGAUGGACGUAUCAAGGUUGCUGGGGUCAAAUCUUCGAUUCUGCCUGGAAUUCGAUGGGUUCAUAAUGAUGUGGUUCGCAAUAAUAAAUGCAUAAUUGGAGACAGAAGGAGCACUUCUCUAUUUUUUGAUGUUUGGUAUGGAGUCACUACCUUGGAUGAUGUGUUAGGUCGUUAUGAUUUGGAUAGAGGGGCUUGUGUUAGUGAUAUUAUUCAGUAG